CUGAAGAGGAAGGAGACGUGUUGCUCUUAAAGGAGAAACGACUGCGGUGCGCGGAAGGUGGGCCCGGUCCUUACACCAUUGUCCGGCCCACGCCUGGCAGCGGCGCAGGCAUCUUGGGAAGCUGGUCUCGGGCCCAUGGCUGCCUCCCCGGCAGACAUGUCCCGCCGGAGACGGGAGAAGCGGCGGCAGCUGGACGCGCGCCGCAGCAAGUGUCGUAUCCGCCUGGGCAGCCACAUGGAGCAGUGGUGCCUCCUCAAGGAGCAGCUGGGCUUCUCCCUGCACUCUCAACUCGCCAAGUUCCUGCUGGAUCGGUACACUUCUUCAGGCUGUGUGCUCUGUGCAGGUCCUAAGCCUUUGCCCCUCAAGGGUCUGCAAUAUCUGGUGCUCCUAUCUCAUACCCACAGCCAAGAGUGCAGCCUGGUGCCCGGGCUGCGGGGGCCCGGGGGCAGAGAUGGUGGGCUUGUGUGGGAGUGCUCAGCAGGCCACACCUUCUCUUGGAGCCCCUCUUCAGGCCCCACACCUCCAGCAGCGUCCAAGCCAGCCCUCCUUCCAAGUACUUCCCAGAAAAGCUGGUGCCCAGAGGCCAGGGGUGGGCAGGAGCCUACAGGUUUGGAAUCUGCGCAUGAGGAGAGGACUCAGGAGGCGAGGUUGCCCAGAGGAAUGGGACACCCACCGGAGUCCUUCCUGCCCCUAGGAGAAGACGAGGGAAAGGUUGAAAGUGAGAGUGAAGAGGAGAUGCUUAGUGAUGUCAGCCCAUGGACCUACAGCUCAUCCUCAGACAACUUUGAACCAGAUGUCCCCAGACCACCCCCUUUCCCUGUCACCUAUGCACUUAAGGAGGGAGAGACACCUCUGCCCCUGGCAGCUGCCUCCACUUCUGUUGCUGUGCCACACUCAUCAGCAUCCUCAUUGGGUUCUGGAGCUCCUCUGUCUGUUGAAGGUGGGGUACAGCCGGAGCUCAAUCAGAUCCCUCAAGCAGUCCAGCAAAGUGAACCCCUAGCCAGCCCUGGGAAUCAGGUCCAGUCUGCUCUGGCUGUAGCCUGGGAUGAGGACAGUGUACAGAUUGGCCCCAAGAGGAUUAGGAAAGCUGCGAAAAAGGAGCUGCUGCCUUGUGACUUCCCUGGCUGUGGAAGGAUCUUUUCCAACAGGCAAUAUUUGAAUCACCACAAGAAGUACCAGCAUAUCCACCAGAAGUCAUUUUCCUGCCCAGAGCCAGCCUGUGGAAAGUCCUUCAACUUCAAGAAACACCUGAAAGAGCAUGUGAAGCUGCAUAGUGACACCCGGGACUACAUCUGUGAAUUCUGCGCCCGGUCUUUCCGCACCAGCAGCAACCUGGUCAUCCACCGGCGCAUCCACACUGGAGAGAAACCCCUGCAGUGUGAGAUCUGCGGGUUCACCUGCCGCCAGAAAGCCUCCCUGAACUGGCACCAGCGCAAGCAUGCAGAGACAGCAACCACCCUGCGCUUCCUUUGUGAGGUCUGCGGCAAGGGCUUUGAGAAGCCAGACAGCGUUACAGCUCACUUCAGCAAAAGCCACCCGGCCCUACUCCUGGCUCCAUCAGAGCAACUCAGCCCAGUGGAGUCUUGUUCCAGCAUCUCUGCCCCUGUGUUCUUGGGGUCCAGUGAUGGGUGCAGGCCUUCUUGGGUUUCUCAGGCCCUGACCCUGCUUCCUAAACAGUGACCACAGGGACUGAAGAGGAGGAAGGCCAGCUGCCUGGUCCCUGGGAACUAGGGUGAUAGGGAGUGCAGGGCACAGGCAAAACUGGACUCCAGGACAGCAAGGCUAUAGUCUUCCUACAGGACAGAAUAAACCCAGUAUUUUACAUGGACAUGUGUAGGCAAAGAGUGUUUUUUGUACCUGAGGUGCAGGAAUCCUGAUUCCUUUGUAGGCACUCUGCUAGAUGUGCAGCACAGGUACAAGCCCUGUUCCUUUAUUCAGGCCUCCACCUCAAGGACCCGGCUGUCCCAAUUCUUUUGGGCGCUUUGCAGCCCUUUUCUAUGGAGUGUCACACCUACUCACUGGAGCAGGGCAGGCUGUGACAGCAGGGAGAGUACUGAGUCAUUCUGGAGGUAUGGAUGAGCAGGCAUAAAGGUAUGUGACCCUGUUGUCCAUGUUGUCCUGUCCAUUAACCAGGAGAAGCAAAUGUACAGGCCCAAAGAAUCUUGCCUUCUAGUGCAAAAUCCAGGGUGCUGUGUAUAUGCAACAUUGCUGAGCUGCCUUGGGAAUGAUAAGACCAAGGGACUUGAAAUGGACCUGACUCACAGGCUGGCCUUUCUCCUCAAGUUUGCAGAGAACAUGGCUGCAGGUUUGAUAAAGGAGGCUCUUGGCAUCCUGAACCCAGAUACAUAACUCUUUUAUUUCACCAGCCACAGUGGAAAACUGCUGGCCCAGGAAAUUUCCACCCUGCCCUGUUGCCUCUGGAACUCAGAGCUUAAUUCAGGUAUUCCACAUGGCAGUGCCAGACUUUGGGGACCUAUGUGGUCUUAGCCUAGGUCCCCAGGCUAAUGUCCCCCACCUGUCUGGAGAAUACUCUCCUAAGAGGCACCAGAUACCAUCAGGUCUGGCACCUGGGACAGGUGGGCAGCCAUGCUAAAGGUUCCUACCCACCUUCAUGAGGGUGAGCCUUCUCCAAGGCAGCAGGCUGGGUACUUCUGGCAUACAGAGGUCCUUCAAUGAAACUAACUUCCCUCUUUCUGCCUGCAAAUUUCCAAUCUGUCAUAAGACCAAGGAGGAAGCAGCAAAAAGGCCAAGUGGAAUCACCAGGCAGGAAGGGCAGGUGGGUUGUGACCAUGGCCACAUCUGUGACCAUUACUAGAAGAGGCAGGACAUCAAAAGUAUCCAGGCAGAAGAAGUAGAGGGGAUUCAGGUUGGAAAAAGAAAAUCUAAGUGGGAAGACUGGAAAGAAAGACCUGAGAGCACAGCAGUUGUGGGACAACUCAAUUCCCAGGCUCUCCCAAGCAUGGAGAUCUGGGGCCUUGUCUUGACUCCGCACCUACUCUCCUGAGGAACAGAUGGACUAAGGACAGAAAAAACAUUGACAAGGAAGUAGGUGUAGGGACACGGCAGGAGGCUAGGUGCAGGUUACCACAGGAUACGGGUAAAAGCGACAGGCCGUGCUUUCUUUGCACAGACCCACCUUGUGUGUUGGCGCACCGUUCCAGUGACACUAUGUUGGGCUUGCCUAGCCCACUCCAGGGAAGCCUCUCAGCAAGUCUCCCUCAGCUGAGACACAAGAAGUCCCUCCCUGCCUUUGCUGUCCUACCUGCCCAGCAAAGAUGAGGGUGAUGGCUAUGGUGCCUUGAGUGGCGGUGGUGGAUGUUUAUGGGCCCAUUGGUGUGACAGCCAGCAUCUGUGGCUGAAGCAUUUACUACACUCAGCAUAUUGUGCCAGCCACUCACCCAAUUAUGUCAUGCGGUGCAGCGCCAGCAUGGGGCCCAAGCUAAAGGCCUUGCCGCACUGGUGGCACUUGGGGGGCUUGUGGCUGGUGUGGUCGCGCCCCUGCACAAUGAAGUUGGAUAUGUACCCUAAGUGCUUGCCACACAACUCACAGCGGCAGGGCUUUUCUCCCUUGUGCUGGUGCUUGGUGAGGUCCGAGCCAUCACUGAAGUGGAGGCUGUAUUUGGGACAUGGGAAAGGCCUCUCACCAGUAUAGAUACAUACACUGGUGCACCACCAAGUCAGUGCCAGCCAAAGCCCUUGCCGCACAUGACGCAGGUGUGCAGCCAUGCACCCUGGUGGUUGUGCCUGUGGCGCAACAGCAUAGAGCUCUGGCUGAAGCAGCACCCACAGUCACUGCACAUGUAGGGAUUCUAGCUGGUGUAGGUGCAUUGGUGGCACUCUUCAAGAAGCCCUGCUGCACUCAGGGCACCUGAAGGGCUUCUCGCCUGAGUGCCUUAGUAGGUGUUAGUAUGGAGUGCUUGCGAAGCUCUAGCCAUAGGCACAUGUGUGUCCAGAGAGCGUGGCUAUUGGGGAGUGAGGGUCACUGGGGCUUCCAGCCCUGUGGAUGUGUGGCUGUGCAGCCCUGCGUCGCUACAGAAGGCCCACCGGCACUGUGGGCAGCAUAGGGGAGGAAUGGCUGGCACGUCCCACAGGUGCACCAGCGCCUGGUGGAAGGUGCAGACACACAGCAGAUAGCGAUGCCUGCCUGCAGCAUGGGUGCAAAGACAGUUCUUUGGUGUGGGAAGUGGCGACCGCAGCUACAGGGGAAAGAAAGGUGGUGCCACCAAUACACACCCUGAUGCUGCUGUGGUGGAAGCUCUGGCCACACUCUGCGCAAUGUAGGCACCAGCAUGGGCAUGUCAGUGUGCACACAACUUCGGGGCCAGGGCAUAGCACUCACCACAGUCCAGGCAGCUGAAGCAGCAAUUGCCACUCUGGGCACACUGGUGCCUCAGCAGCACCAAACUGUACCAGAAGCUCUUGCCACACUCACUGCAAGCCUAAAGCCUGCCCACCACUGCUUCUGGUGCAGCGAACAUGGUGAGGUUCUGGUCAGCAGGGGAAGCUUG